CGGCUCCCCUACCGGCUCCCCGUAGGGACGGGGCGAGGACGGCUGCUGCCCCUCCGCUACCGCCGCCCCCGCUCAGUUCCCGGCCGGGCGGGAGGAGCGCAGCCGCCCCGUCGGCUGCGGCUGCUUGCGGGGCUCCGUGGGGGGCGGGCACAUGCGUACAAGCGGCUCAUCCAGGCAAACACCCCUCACAUCUUAAAUGAGCUUCAUUUGCCGACAGCCGCUUCAGUCGGGCUGGGAGCUGCUGGUUGCACUCAGACCGCCUGACGGGGAGCCCCCCCCCUCUCCUCCACACCCCCUACCCCGGGACAGGGGAGCCCCGACGGAGCCCGCCGCGCCCCGCUCUAGAUGGGACUGAGCACGGCAGCGGCGGAGGCUCCGGGCUCGGGCGGCGGAGGCAGCUGAGCGCGCCCCGCGCGGGGGCGGCGGGCAUGGCCGCGGGCGGGCGGGGGCCGGCCGAACCGUAGCCGCGGGCCACAGCGCCCUCGCGGGGGGCCGCCGCCGCGCCCGGCCGCGGCCAUGGAGCGCCGGUGAUCGCCGCCGUCGUCGCUGCGGCCCGCCGGGAGACAAUGGCCCUGCACAAACUCUGCUCGGUGCUGGAAGUGUUGCUAGUAACAAUCCUUGUAGUGGAAGGGAUUGCCGUUGCACAGAAGACACAAGGUGGGCAAAACCUAGGAGUGAAUCGCAUUCCUCCUACCCAGUGUGACAAUUGGGUACGAACAAGUAAUGGAGGACAUUUUGCUUCACCAAACUACCCUAACAUGUACCCACCAAAUCAAGAGUGCAUCUAUAUCUUAGAAGCUGCUCCACGACAAAGAAUUGAGUUGACCUUUGAUGAACCUUAUUACAUAGAACCCUCAUUUGAAUGUCGGUUUGAUCAUCUGGAGGUUCGAGAUGGACCUUUUGGUUUCUCCCCUCUCAUUAAUCGUUACUGUGGUCUGAAAAGUCCUGCGCUAAUUAGAUCAACGGGGAGAUUUAUGUGGAUCAAGUUUACUUCUGAUGAGGAGCUGGAAGGAAAGGGAUUUCAAGCAAAGUACUCAUUUAUACCAGAUCCUGACUUCACUUACCUAGGAGCAAAAUAUAUGUUCUCCCUAGACUGCCAAUUUGAGCUCUCGGGAGCUGAUGGAAUAGUACGUUCCAGUCAAGUAGAACAAGAAGGAAAAACAAAACCAGGACAAGCAGUUGACUGCAUAUGGACAAUUAAAGCUACUCCAAAUGCUAAGAUUUAUUUGCGAUUUCUCGACUAUCAAAUGGAACAUUCUAAUGAAUGCAAAAGAAACUUUGUGGCUGUCUAUGAUGGAAGUAGUUCUAUUGAAAACCUGAAGGCAAAGUUUUGCAGCACAGUAGCAAACGAUGUCACGCUGCAGACUGGAACCGGUGUGGUACGAAUGUGGGCAGAUGAAGGCAGUAGACUAAGCAGAUUCAGAAUGCUGUUCACUUCAUUUGUGGAUCCUCCCUGCUCAGGCAACACUUACUUCUGCCAUAGCAACAUGUGCAUCAAUAAUUCUUUAGUCUGCAAUGGCAUUCAAAACUGUGCAUACCCUUGGGAUGAAAAUCACUGCAGAGAAAAGAAAAGAGCUGGACUGUUUGAACAAAUCACCAAAACUCACGGAACAAUCAUUGGCAUCACGUCAGGGAUAGUUUUAGUUCUUCUCAUCAUUUCAAUUCUAGUACAAGUAAAGCAACCUCGCAAAAAGGUUAUGGCUUGCAAGACUGCUUUCAAUAAAACUGGUUUCCAGGAAGUAUUUGAUCCUCCACAUUAUGAACUGUUUUCGCUAAGGGACAAAGAAAUUUCUGCAGAUUUGGCAGAUCUAUCAGAAGAACUUGAAAACUAUCAGAAAAUGAGACGCCCUUCAACAGCUUCCAGAUGCAUUCAUGACCACCACUGUGGCUCCCAGGCCUCUAAUAUAAAACAAAGCAGGACAAACCUCAGCUCCAUGGAGCUUCCCUUUCGCAAUGAUUUUGUGCAGCCUCAGCCAAUGAAAACAUUUAAUAGCACAUUCAAGAAAAGCAGUUACACUUUCAAACAAGCGCAUGACUGCCCUGAGCAAGUCAUAGAAGACAGGGUGAUGGAGGAGAUUCCAUGUGAAAUCUAUGUUAGAGGAAGAGAAGAUACAGCACAAGGUUCAUUAUCUAUUGACUUUUAAUUUCCUAGUGAAGGUCGUAUCGGUGUAUAUACAAAAUGCUCAUGUAUAAUGACAGUGUAUAUAUUAAAAGUGUACUAUAUGCAGCGUGUGAGAUGCACACACUUUUAGCUUAUUAUACUUCAUUUUAAAAAAAAAAAAGUCUUGGUAACUAAUUCUGCUGAAAAGUGGUGGAUUUCCUCCCAUCUUCCCAAGCUACCUAUCUAGACAAGUAAGACAGAGACUUUGCAUGGAAAUUACUAGCUAAGGAUAUUGGAAUUAAAAAACAAAAACCAACCAAAUGCUAAUCAUUGAACACUGAAGACAAUGACUACUAUUCUCUUCCUCAUACCAUUUUCUCUUUAGACAUCUGCUUUUCAAGACAAUUUUAAUACCUCAGUUACAUAAAUAAAAGUAGUUCAGUGCACCACGUGUAUGUCAACAUAGGUGUCUUAUUGUAUUUGUCAAAUUGAAAGUAGAGUUAGUGUUAAGUGACAGUUAAGAAUUAUGUUACAGCCAUCUGUUUCAUCUUGCCUACCAUUUAUAUUGCCUUUAAUUAUCAGUUCCUCACUCUAUGCUUUGUGAGAAAUAAGUGUAAAGGAUUACUGCCUUUUAAAAAUAUUGAGUUAUAUUAAUUUUACGUUUGAAAAUAUAUAAUCUUUGCAGUUUUUGGUUAAAACACAAGUACGUACUCAUGAUAUUCUAGAUGUAGACUUUUACAACAGUUUUCUUUCAGAAAGUUUUAGGAUUUUAAAAUAUUCUGCUAUAUAUUAUAGAUCCAUAUGGCUCACUGAUUUCACAGCUCUGUAGUUACAAAACAAUUUUGUUCCUGCGUUUUCCAAGUAUUUACAUAAAUAGACUGUACUGUACAUUUGUCUCUUAAAAUAGCUUUUCACUCCUUAUUGCAGCCAAUCUUCCCUACUGAAAUCAGUGAUGAUACUUUUAGCUCAUGUCCUACUUGCCUGAAGAGAACUGCUCUGAGGCCUGUGAUAACCAGGUAUAAGAUGAUACUGGAAAAAAAGAGAAAUCACAAAGCAACUCUUAUUAUCUCUUAUGGAACCAUUCUUGUGCCCCUUGUUUCCACUUGCAAAAUUGCACAUUUCAUACCUUUUUUAAUGGUGGUUUAGACCUAAUUUUAAAAUUUUUACAAUAUAGAAAUUUUUUUAAAAUAUAAUAAUUCUCAUUGUGGUUUUUAAACUUUUUAUAUAGUUUGAUACUGUACAGACUAUUUAUUAAAUCAAAAUCUAGCACCUGUACAGCAGGCUUGUUUCAGUGUCCAUAUUAGCAGCUCUGAAUAACAUGCAGUGGCUGCUGCGUACAUCACAAUUUGCGAAGAAUACUUAAUAUGACUUCCAUAUUAGCCUACAUUUUAUUCCCUGGUUUGUUUGGGUUUAUUUAUUUGUUACAGGAAACCUUUCACUAAAGGUGACCCACCAGCUUGCACUGGGCGUAUCCUUUAUUUACAAACAUAUGUAAAACCAUAAUGUUUCUUGUGCUGACUGUAGUACACACAAAAUGUAAUACAUGAACUUAGCAACUGAAAAAUCUUUUCUUUAAAACAAAAGAUGAAAAACAGCUGUUAUCACAGAUUCUCAGUAGAAUGACAAAUAAAAAAAUUCUAAGCAUUUCUUAGAAUGUAAGAAGUUUAAAGAAAAAAAAAGCGGGGGGGGGGAAUUGAGUAUCUUCAACACUUCCCAAUUUCAAAGUUAACCCUGACUGAUGUCUAGAAGGAACUUAAUCAGAAGCUCAUAGAUCAGACCCCUAAGGCUAUAUCCUGGUGUCAGUUUUUGUGCUGGUCCCAGAAUGUAUUUCAAUUGGAAAGUAUGAAAAUGGGCAUUAUUUUUAGAUGCACUUAAUGCAGAAGAUAAGUAUUAAAAAAAUGUAGUUAGUUUUGACUUGAAAAUUUUUGAAUAUUUAAUUAAAACAUUACUUGACAGAUUUUGUUUACCUCUCAUUGAUUUCAGUAAUAAAUAUCUCACUAUGACCUGUACGAUACAGAAUGUUAUUUGUUACAGUCUAUUAGUUCCAGAUUCUUUCAAUAAGUAAUAUAUAGUUUUGCACAGGUCAUUUUUGUCUAUAUAACUCUUGUAAGUACUAGGUUUGCAUGAUUAAGUUUUCUUUUUAAGGUAUAUUUGUCCAUGUGAUAAAAAUUAUGUGAUCCCUAUUCUUUCAUAAGUUAUGUUGUCUUUGAACAGUAAACCUGUAAUAAUAAAACAAAUGGCAAGCCUGGAAAGCCCAAGUCUGUGGAGAAAACGGAAAAAGCUCUAUUGAAGAAGUUCCCAAAUGGCCUGAAUAGUAUUUCAGUCUCAAUUGUAACUUUUUGAUUACAUGGUCAGAACACAGCUGCUUUUUGGCAACCCCAGGCCACAUAGGUGAGCUCCCAUAAUGGGUCAUUUCUUUUGUGCAUAAAUUUUUCCAAUAUCCCCUAUCCCAACUCUAUGAGCUUUGCUUUCCCCCUCUUCCUUGCUUUCUAAUCUGUUUGGUUUUGGGGUUUUUUUUUUGGUCUUUAGCAUAAAUAAGAAAUAAAAUCAGAAUACUCCUGCUUAGUUAGGACCUGCUCCUGAUUCCUAAUACAGAGCAAAAACCUUCCCGGAGGGAGCUUUUUAGUAUUUCUGUAAUAGCAGACCCAGCCCUUACUGUGACAAUAGCAGUACGCUAGAACAGAUCUGAGUGAGAAACCCAUAGGAAUAAUCAUUUCUAUAGGCUUCUAUAAACAGUAAUGGCAGGAAAAUGAAAUAUCAGUGCUUAUUUUAUUACAAGCAAGGUGAAAUUAACAUUGAACCUAAAAAUCUGAAAGGAAAACUUGGGUGUGGUGUGUUUAAAAAUAAUAUGUCUAUACAUCUCAUUGCAGUGAUGGGUUUAGUUACUUAGCUGUGCUUUAAGAAAUAAGUGGUAACUAUUAGAGCCAUAAUUCCACUUCUAGUAUAAUCAGAUUCUCUUCACUACAGAGAAACUGGGUGGAUCAUUUGGUAUCCCUCAGAGUGCACAAAGCUGAUAUCUUUAGCAAAAGAAUACUAUUGGUUUUGCAGGCUCAAUCCAGUUGGAGCUAAUGUUGUGGUCUUUCGCAUUAGCAAAAACUAUCACCUUUCGUAUUAUUGCAAUAUCUAAGUACCAUUAGUGUAUUUCCAUUGUCUCCAUCUUAAAUCCAUACAUUUCUAGGAGCAUCCUGAUUUUGCACUUGAUUGUACCCAUAACUCUGAUACCCUCUGUUAACACUAAAUACACAUAAGCGAAGAUACGUUCCCUAGACACACAUUCACCAGGAAGCAUUAACUACUUCUGGGCAUUUUAAAUUCAUUUUUACCUUUUAUCAUAGUAGCUUAGACAUCAAACUAUCUAACAUGAAGGAUUUGUGGAUAAAAGUUGUAGAAGUAAACCUACAGUACAGCCAACACAAAAAUAAAAGUGACGUGAGAACGAUUAUUGAAAGUUCUAUAGGGAGACAUCUGCAUUUACAGAUAAUGAUGACAGUAGUAAGGGAAACUCAGACUUAACACUAUUACUGACUCUGAAAUGUUUCAGUGAUCACAGAAAUACUGAUUUGUACUUAAAAUGCAUGAGAUUCUCUUGUCUGCUAUAGACAACAUAACCUUCAUUGUGCAUACAAAUUAUAAUGGCAUUUUAUAACAAUUACAGUCUAUUUUUACUAAAUCAAUACAAAUAGAGGUUAUGAAAAGAGCUGUCAUUGACUUACAUGAAAAGGUGCUUGUCAUGUGAACACUUCACAGAAUUUAAGUCAUUAAAAUACACUUUAUUUCGUUUUUUUACUUGGUACAGAGAAUUGUGUGCCUUAGCAGCAAAUCUCCUGCUAAAUGAGGAAAAAAGGCUUGCCCUAUUUUGAAAUCAAUUUAGUCCUUAUAUAAGAAGGUUCUUAUAUCCAUGAUCAUAACAUUUAAGUUUCCAAACUAUUUAAGUAUAAUCCUUUAUCUAAAAGGCUACCAAAAGUAAUAAAAAGAUCUUGGUACCUAUACCUGAGAAGCCAACAGUAAAUCAUUGCUUGAAAUGGAACAACUUAAUUUAUAUGGAUAUACUGAAAAAUAUCUCCAGUUUGAUCUUCCUGUAUAGUCAGUUCUAUAUAUCUCUUCAGAGUAAAACUCAGUCAAAUCCAUUUACUUUUACAUGUCCUGAUUUCAAAGGUUACAUAUAAGCCCUGUGAUUGCUCAGGUCUAUAGACUGUUCACCAAAACAAGAUUCCUAAUCUAUAUUAGCCUGAAAGAUAAGCUGAUUUUACAUUAUUUGAGAUCACACUGUUACAACUGAAUGUAAUUAUAAUAGGAAAAAAGCUUUUAAAAUCAAAACCCUUUCUUUGAGUUGAUUCAUGCUUUGAAAAUGAGUAUUUAUAGCACCUGUCUCAGUCUAACAAUAUAAAAGAUACCAUCUUUAAGUCGUCUGUUCCUGUGGUUUCCAAUAACCAUCUCUGUAUAGGGUGAAUCCCCCCUAUAAAUACACAAAUAAAUCACAUGUCAGUAUGCUCUAGUAUGAGGUUCUGUGUCACUAUGGAACUGCAAGUAUAUUUUCAUAUUCAAAUUCCUUCACUACACUUUACGGAAUCAGCUUAACAAAAAUCUGUUUUCCAUCUGCUUCAUAGAUCAACACCAACAACAGUCAUUUGUGAAUUGUAAACCUGUUCCCUCUUACAUAGCUAUAGAAGAUAAUCUACCAUAUACCAGAUAAAACAGCUUAGUUUUUAUAAGUCUGUUCAUACAGAGCCAGGCUCAGAGAGAAACAAAGUCAGAACUUCAU